GGUAAGACGGUGAUCGAGGACGACGACGGCGCGCUUGGCAUCGAGGUGUCCGACGUGUCAGGCGCCGAGUUCGGGGCCUACCGAUUCAAGCGCGGCAGGGAGAGGGCCAGCCAGAAGUCGAAGACGGAGAAGCAUGAGUCGAAGGAGGGCGCUGAUGAGAGACACGGCAUCGUCGCGACGAAGAUGGGCCUCGGCCGCAGGCGCAUCACUGGCAAGGCCGACGAGGAAGCUGCCGAGGCUGGAGCCCCCGCGCCUUCGAGCGCCAGGCCUGCCGAUGCACCUGGCGGCGUGGACGCUCCAACGGAUGCAUCUAAGAAGCCGAGGCGGACGGGGGCCAUGGCCAAGAUCGACAAAGGCGAGCUCGCGCUACGACAAGCGGAAGAGAAAUAUUCUUGGGAGAACCACUGGGAGAACCGCAACCGCGAGAAGGAUUUCCAAUCUUUCUUAUCUGAGUUGCAGCGUGCUGGUAAAGCAGCUGGGGGUUUGGCUGGGAACGACUCGGCGACUGACCUCUCCGCCAGGAUCUUCACAGAGGCUGACAAGUUGGAGUGCAGACAGGAGCUACUUGACAAGGUGGGCGGUAAGCCACGGGAGUUUGCCUCGUUUGUCGCCUCGCCCAUCGAGGCGCAACUAUUCGACAUGCUGAAGUCUGCGCCCAACGACCUGAUGUCUACGAUUCUCUCGAUGAACUUGCAUGCGUUGGUGGAGAAGGUCGGGACCCACAAGGAUUACAUCAGCAGCAUCUUGAAUGUGCUCCAGUUCGACGAGGCGGCGCUGGGGGAGAAUCACUUGAACGUGUCCAUGUUGGGCUUGUCUUGCGAGGCCAGCAGGGCGAGGGAGAUGGCUGGGAAGCUGCAGGUGUCCACUGUCUUGGCCUUAGGGAACGUUGUGUUCAAGCUGUCGGACGAAUCGUCGAUUGGUGCCAUCGCCAAGGCGAUUUCAGAACGUUGCCCGAAGCUGAUCGAGGACAUCGCUGACGUGGACGCUUGGGGCGAUCAGCUCGUGUGUGGCCUGACGCCCCAAGCAGCCGUGGAUUUGGGCGCCGUGGCGAUCGUCGGCCAGGUCGUUGACGCCAGGAGGAACGUCGACCUCCAAGGCGAGACCGUGCCUAUCCAGCACUCUACCCGACUUGCGGCCAUGGCAUUACUCAAGAAUGCGUCGAAGCUCUCCCCCAGAAUGAAGGUGAAUUUCAAAUCUCUCGGUGGAUCUCAUGCUGCGCAUGGCAAGCAGGCCUGGGACACGAUGACGAACUUGAGCGAGAUGCAUGCCAAGCAGUGCGAGAACAUGUCUCAGAAUAGGUUCGCGGGGAGGGUCAAGGAGAUGAUCAGGAGGGGUGAUGGUGGCAGGCUCGAGGAGGCGUACGAGGUACUGGUGGAGAUAUGCUCUGAUGGUGUUUCUGAGGCAAAGCAGUUCGGCGACGUCUUCUGCCAGGGAGGGCCUACUAUUGAUUCGCAGGAGGGUCGAGAUAUGUUUGGCCUGGGCGUGAAGUUCAUCGAGGUGUCGCUAAAGGUGUUCAACGAGGUCGUCGACCUCACCGACUCGUUCAAGGACCGUGUGGAGGGCAUCUACAGUGGGAGCGGUUACUCACCAGAGCUACCAGAUAGGCAACAGCCCCCCGAGGAUGAAGUGCCAGACCUGUGGGACAUGGCCAACGUGUUCUACCACAUCUUCAAAAUCCUGGAGCACUUCAGCCCGCCGGCUGAGGAAGCAUGCGUCCUCUUCCAUCUCACGAACCACCUCGCUGUCACGAUCAAGCUUGCGGAGGCCAGAGACAAGGAGAUCCUGCCCGAUCCCACUGAGAUGAUCAACAAAUGGACGGAGGCUUUACAGGCUGAGAACGCGAAGAACUUGGCUCUACAUUCGAGGCCUCUUCCAGACACGUUCCAACAGUCUCCUUCAGCUUUAUUGUUUUUGAACAUUCUGGCAAAGCGAAGCAUGCGCGACUGCUUCAGGGAUACGCUCGUAGAGUACAUGAACAAGGCACCCGCUCAAGGGAUGAAAACGCUCACUAACUUGCUGACCAUCAAGAAAGACAUGCUACCUCCUGGAGCUGUUGACGUUUUGAAGGUGGCGGUGAUCUUCGAUAGGGUUUUAAGCGCAGACGAGCGCCAGAAGGCGGGCCGUUCCGUUAGCCUCAUUGACGUCAACGGUUUGCUGAGUUCCAUGUCCUGGGCUUUGACUCAGUUUGUAUCUGCUUGCGAGAAGCACGCAGUGUUCGACCGUGUCUACCAGCAGGGCCUCAAGGAGUGGGAUGCGCUCGUUGCACAGCAGAAGACUGCGAUGGCAUUCAUUUCAAGCUUGCAGGGCGAUUGGAUCGCCAACUACUCCAACGACCUCAACGUGGCCAUCGAGAAGUGGGACUUCACGGACGUGGCUUUGCUCAAUGGCGGCGCGGACCCCAAGGUGAAGCAGCUCGGGCAGCAGAUCGCGAACGCCGUGGCCCAGUUCCCCACGAAUGAGAAGAUCAUCGGCACAGUUGUGAAGAGCGUUGAUUGGCACAACCCCGACAAUAGGCAGGAGAUCGAGGAGCUCCAGGCAAUGAUCAGCCACCGCAAGGGCAUCUUGGAGAAGAGCGCGGUGUUGGCGGCUUCCAUCGCACUCGUUCACCUCGUCACGACCACUGAUGGGAAGCCUACCUUGGCCGACUACGACCAGACGACGAAGUGGGUGAAGGUGAACUUGAACGUGCAGCUCGAGAACCUCCCGCAGAACCUCAACCGCCACCUCGGCGAGUUCAAGAGCCUACUCGCUGGCGCCCCCGUCAACAAGCCUCCGACGGAUGUUGCGAGCAUUGCGAGCGUUUCUACGGCACCGUCGGGGAGCAGCAGGAAGAAGUGGGCCAAGUCGGCGCUCACCAACAAAUAG